AGCCGGGACCCCCGUGGCGUGUCCCCCGCGUGCCCGGCCGUGUCCCCCGCGCCGUGUCCCCGUGUCCCCGCGUCCCCAUGUCCCUGGCGCUCAAGGCCCGGCAGCGGGCGAGGCGCAAGGGCGGCUCCCGGGAGCGCCUCUUCGGCUGCGACCUCCGCGAGCAUCUCCAGCGCUCGGGGCAGGACGUGCCGCAGGUGCUCCGGAGCUGCACGGAGUUCGUGGAGCAGCACGGGGUGGUCGAUGGCAUCUACCGCCUGUCCGGGGUGUCCUCCAACACCCAGCGGCUGCGGCAGGAGUUCGAGGCGCAGCGCAGCCCGGACCUGUCGCGGGACGUUUACCUGCAGGACGUUCACUGCGUCAGCUCCCUGUGCAAGGCCUACUGCCGCGAGCUGCCCAACCCCCUGCUCACCUACCAGCUCUACGACAAGUUCGCCGACGCCGUGGCCAUCCAGAUGGAGGAGGCGCGGCUGGUGAAGAUCAAGGAGGUGCUCAGGGAGCUGCCGGCGCCGCACUACAGGACGCUGGAGUUCCUGAUGCGGCACCUGCUGCGCAUGGCGGCGCACAGCGGGCGCACCAACAUGCACGCGCGGAACCUGGCCAUCGUCUGGGCCCCCAACCUGCUGCGCUCGAGGGACAUCGAGGCCUCGGGGUUCAACGGCACGGCGGCGUUCAUGGAGGUGCGCGUGCAGUCCAUCGUGGUGGAGUUCAUCCUCACCCACGUCGAGCAGCUCUUCGGGGACGCGCCGCUCCGGGGUAGGGGACAGCGCGGGGACACCGUGGGGACACCACGGGGACAGCGUGGGACAGCCCCCCGUCGCUCGCUGCUCCUGCCGGCGCCGCCGCCCCCCCUGCACGUCCCGGCCGCGCUGAGCCAGGGCGACGGCCCCCCCCAGAUGCGGCCCUACCACACCAUCAUCGAGCUGGGCGAGCCCAGGAGCAAGGGCUCCCUCAAGGCCAAGAAGUGGAGAUCCAUCUUCAACCUGGGCCGCUCCGGGCACGAGGCCAAGCGGAAGCCGGGGAAGGCGGAGGAGAAAGAGAAGUGUGGGAAGGUCACUCUGCGGCCGGCCAAGAGCAUGGACUCGCUCAGCUCCGGCCCCUCCGGAGCGUCCGGCGCGGACGCCGCCCGGCUGCUGCCGAAGCUGUCGGUGAAGCUGCGGCCGCAGCGGCAGCACAGCUCGGACGCGGCCCCCGCGGCCCCGGCAGCGCCCCGGGAGCUGGACGAGAGCCCGGAGGAGUCCCUGGAAGCGGCGGCCGAGAGCAGCACCAAGUCGGAGCCCACCACCCCCAAAGCCCCCCGGGCGGGGCCGGGGGUCUGCGGCCGCUCCCGCGCCGAGAAGUGCGCGGGGCUCCACAUCUCGGGCCCCUUCUCGGUCACCGUCCCGUUCCACAUCACCUCCAACCUGUCCCGCCUCACCCGCGGGCUCCCGUGCCCCGCGCUGCAACGGGAACGCGGCCCCGGCAGCCCCCCCGAGCCCGCCCCGGACCCCCGGCCCCGCUCCGGUGAGAGCCGCCGGUGGGACCCCCGGGGGGACACCGGGAUCGGGGGACAGCGGGAUUAG